AACAAAACCAUCGUAUCUAUAAUCCUUAUCCUUCUCACUGCAACCCCAACCAAGUAAGCAUACAACGCUUUCAAAAUUUCUAUUUUCUCACUAUUCUUACUUUCUCUUCUCAUGCCAUCCAUGGACGCCACUUCUUCUUUUUCUUCUUCUGACAUCACCACUCUCCACCCCGACAUCAUUCGAUCCCACAUCCUUAAUCGCCUCGACGGCCCCACCCUCGCCUCCGCAUCCUUCGCCACCCUCCACCUUCGUCGUCUCUGCACCGAUCACAACCUCUGGCGGACCAUCUGCGCCGCUUCCUGGCCCUCUCUCAACCAACCCCACGCCUCUUCCCUCAUCGAUACCUUCCCCGCUGCCCACCGCUCUGUCUUUUCCGACUCUUUUCCCUCCAUCCAAUACUCCCCUCCUCCCCACCCCAACCCACCGCAGUUGCCGCCGGAGUUUCUAUCCGCCGUGGACCUCUACUACAAGGGCAGACCCGUCUUUUCGCGUGUCAUCACGACCGAAACCCACAAGGGUUGGUUCCUCUCCUCCCCGCUCUGGGUGGAGCUCCUCGACCCCAACGAGGUGGUCCCCACUCCCUUGAUAUUCGCGAAGUGCGAUGAGGAAUCUUCCGUGCCGAUGCCUCGGUCGGUUACUUUGGCUAACGAUGGAUUCGUCUAUGGUCAACCCUCUGGAGAAGAUACAAGGCUCACAAGCAUGGAACUCACUAACAUGAGAAGCCUUUUUGAUGGUCUUGACCAUCAUUUUCGUCUCAUUAUUGACGAUAUCAUCAAGAACAUCGAUGCCAACAUCUCAUCUUUCCCUUUUGUAGAGAUUAAGAGAAUGAAUAAAAUAGUAAAAGGAGAGGUCAACCAUCACGAUUCAAGACUGAAUUGA